AUGGCGGCGACGGACGUGAAAACGGACGAGGAAAAUAUUUUUAACAAAAUGCUUGAGGAUAUUAAUAAAGAGAUGAAUAUUGAACAUAAUAAUGUAAUUGUUAAAAAAGGAGAUUUUAAUGCGGAAAUUAACGAAAAUAGCAUGACAGAAUUUGCUGAACUCUACAACCUUAAGUGCCUCGUAAAGGGCCCCACAUGCUUUAAAAACCCUGAUAACCCAUCGUGUAUUAAUCUUUUCUCCGAUUUCCAUAAAAUGGCCAUCACUGUAAUAAAAAUAUAUUUUCAGAAACAAAAAUCUCAUAUCAUCAAAUAUAGGAAUUACAAAAACUUUUCAAAUGAACGUUUUUGUUAUGAGCUAACAUGUCGACUUCAAAAUAUAGAAAAAUCGAAAAAAAAGAUAGAUGAUGAGUUAGAAAACUUUCAUGAAUGUGCAAAAUCAGUCCUUAACAAAAUUGCGCCAUUGAAAAAAAAAAUACGACCAUCGACCCAAAUUAUAACACUGAUAGAAAAAGAAGAAAUCAUAUCGGAUGAUGAAAAGGUUGCAAACAUUUUCAACACUUUCUUCACGAAUAUUGUAAAAAAUCUGGAUCUUACAAUAUCUGACACAAUCCUUGUAAUUUGCUCAAACGUAGAUGAUCCUGUUUUGAAGGCUUUUAAACGAUAUGAAAACCAUCCAAGUAUACUGAAUAUAAAAAAAAACAUUGGUGAUUACAAUCCUGGUUUUUCCUUCAAUCAUGUAGAAAAAGCUGAAAUCAGGAGAGAGAUACGAAAUUUGAAUAUUCAUAAGGCAUGCCAAGAAACCGAUAUACCAACAAAAAUAAUUAAGGAAAACGAAGAUCAGUAUUUAGAAAUUUUACAUUUCUCUGUUAACUCUGCAAUUGAUCUGUGUAAAUACCCAGAAUUUUUGAAAAGGGCAGAUGUGACACCACUUUUUAAAGAAAAAGACAGAUCUGACAAAUCAAACUACAGACCUAUAAGCAUUCUUAGUAACCUUUCAAAAAUCUUUGAGAGAUGUCUGUAA